AAUUCUGCAAGUAUUUCUAAUUUACUAUCGCUGUUCUCUAGCUGGUCUAAAACCGCUUUUGACCUAAAGGGAUGCUUUUUGGACGCCAUGGACGUUUCUCAGUUUCCAUGCAGAAAGGAUGGUAAAAAUGCAGGCAGGGCACAGGACAAAGCACUCGGGACAAAAUGUAUGUGAAAUGCUUUGAUACAUGAAUGUCACUUUUUAACAUUUUUGAAUUUCUUGCCGGAUCCACCUAACGUAUGUCCCGUACGUCCCGAAGUUCGCCGGGACCGGAAUCCGGAAGACGGAUGCCGACACCGGCCGGAGGAGAUGGCCGGGGACGAUGCAGGGGGGACAU